CCUCCUGUCUUCCAAGGUGGAGCCCUCCUGACUCCUGUCUGCCGGGGUGGAGCCCAGAAGUCUGAUCCUGACUCUUUGAAAAGGCCUGCACACACCUGUGCAAUCAGUCUCCUGGCCAUUCCCAAAACCUGGUCCCAGGAUUGGAGAUUUCAUCCCUCCCAGAUCUCUUUGAAAUCUCCAGGCUCCAGAUCCCAAAACAGACCUUACAAACAAAGGAGGAAAGUGAAAAGCCACUUUCCUCCGUAUCAAACACUUACCCUGGAGCCCCUCAAC